GAAAUUUCUAGAAAAUUAUUAUCCAAGAUUGGUUGAAUGAUUGUUCACCUCACUGUCUCAGAAACGCUAGUAUAGAUUUAUUGAACGAUUUGAGUUUGUUAACUGGGAAGGAAUCAUCAUCAUCCUGUGUUGAUUGUUUCGGAUAAUCGAGAAAGAACAAGACGUUUCUCCGAUUUGUACAAUUAAUUGGAGAUAGUUCAAGCAGUUCUACUAGCUUUUCGGUACAAUUCUAGUUGAUUCGUGAAGCAGGUGCUGCGAUGCGGAUGAUAAUCUUACACGUGGGGGAGUGUACCAUGCUUUUAAUGGCGAGGCGUGAACAUUAUACAUUGCAUCGCGAAACUUUGCGCGCAGCGCCAAAAAACGGCGUUGUUAAGGUCCCGCCACGCGAAAGCAGAUUGAGGGAUAAUGGCAAAGUGGGGCGAGGGAGAUCCACGGUGGAUUGUUGAAGAGAGGCCUGAUGCCACUAACGUCAAUAAUUGGCAUUGGACGGAGAAGAAUGCCUGCGCCUGGUCCCAGGACAAGCUCAAAGAGUUGUUCAAGGACUUUAAAAUCGAGGGAGAUAAAGUUAAUGUGAAUAUAGCUGAUAUGGAAACUUGUGAGGGAGAGGCAAUAGUAAACAAUCGAAAAGGAAAGCUGAUAUUUUUUUACGAAUGGAAUUUAGUCUUGAAGUGGAUGUCCACGGAGGAUAAGACAAUCGAAGGAAAGAUCAAUAUUCCGAAUCUUUCUGAAGAAAAUGACAUUUCUGAAGUUGACAUCGAAAUUACUUUAAAAGACAGUAAUGACGAGGGAGAGAAAGUGAAACACUUCCUCCAUACUAAAGGAAAGGACUUCAUUCGAGAACGACUAAAAGCGUAUGUGACAGCGUUAAAGCAAGAAUUUACCAAGGGUAUGAUCCUUCCCAAGAAGGAUGAGAACCAGGUAAUAACGAAGAAUUGUAAGACCGCCAUAAAUGUAAAAGCACAAAUGAAUACCACCAUUGUAUCAAAUAAUAAAUCCCUUGGAUACAAGAUCUCCACAACCACUGUCAAACAGCAUCAUAAGUUCCAGUGUCGAGCCCAGGACUUUUUCAAUGUUUUUACUACUACAGAGAUGGUCCAAGCUUUUACAAAAGGACCUGUAAAACUAGACUCCAAGAAAGAGGGGAAAUUCGAACUCUUCGGUGGUAAUAUCCACGGAGAAUUCGUGGACUUGUCGCCAACUAAAAUAGUACAAAAAUGGAGAUGCAAACAUUGGCCAGAAGGGCAUUUUAGCGAAGUUAUACUGGAUAUUAGUGAGAAAUCAGACCAUACUGAAGUCGAUCUCACUCAAAAUGGGGUUCCAUGCAGUGAGGAAGAUUCAACAAAAGAAAACUGGGACAGAUACUAUUGGGACCCCAUAAAGCGAACUUUCGGUUUUGGUUACUUCAUGUGAUCGAAAUUCUCUCUACACCGUAUUUAUUUAUUGAUAAGUAGCACGAUGGGAUAACUCCAACCAAAAAAGAAAUGGAAAAUUGAUACAAAAAAUAAAACUCAAUGAUGGAGCAGAUACAGAACCAUUUUGUCUUCAACUUUGUAAAAAAGUGGUAAAACCUAACAUUUCCAUGCUUCAUAACUUGCCCAUAUUACCAUUACAUUUAUCUUGAGAACGAGAGGAAACAUCAAAAACGGUUCAAAGACCUUUUAUGCAGAGAAUUGAAUUUACAACAAAAACUUACGUCUCUAAACAUAUGAAAAAUCGAAUUUCCUUUUCCAACUGGUUUUGUUAGGUUCCACCACGGUACCGACACAGAAAUCAAUGCUUUAUCGAUUAAUCAUGAUGGAUUGAUGAUAAUUGAAUAUAGCUAAUUGUGGAAUUCGAGUAAUGCUAAUCACAAUCAGCAUUAUAUCAGAAUUAUAAAUAUGAAUUUAGUUUUAAUUGUCGUAAAUAAAUGAUGAUCAAUCCUGA